CCCUCACAUCGCCACUAUGAGCGAGACAUUUGACUGUGCCAAAUGCAGUGAGUCCCUGUAUGGCCGCAAGUACAUCCAGACAGACAACGGCCCCUACUGCGUACCCUGCUAUGACAACACUUUCGCCAAAACCUGUUCUGAGUGCCAGCAGCUUAUUGGACAUGACUCAAGGGAGCUAUUCUAUGAAGACCGCCACUUCCACGAGGGCUGCUUCCGCUGCUGCCGCUGCCAGCGCUCCCUGGCCGAUGAACCCUUCACCUGUCAGGACAGUGAGCUGCUCUGCAAUGACUGCUACUGCAGUGCCUUUUCCUCAAAGUGCUCCGCCUGUGGGGAGACCGUCAUGCCUGGGUCCCGGAAACUGGAGUAUGGAGGCCAAACGUGGCAUGAGCACUGCUUCCUGUGCAGCGGCUGUGAGCAGCCGCUGGGCUCCCGCUCCUUUGUGCCCGACAAGGGUGCUCACUACUGUGUGCCCUGCUAUGAGAGCAAGUUUGCUCCACGCUGCGCCCGCUGCAGCAAGAUGCUGACACAGGGUGGAGUGACAUACCGUGAUCAGCCCUGGCAUCGAGAAUGUCUGGUCUGCACCUGGUGCCAGAAGCCCCUGGCAGGGCAGCAGUUCACCUCCCGAAAUGAGGAUCCCUACUGUGUGGACUGUUUUGGAGAGCUCUUUGCACCUAAGUGCAGCAGCUGCAAGCGCCCCAUCGUAGGACUCGGUGGAGGCAAGUAUGUGUCCUUUGAAGACCGACACUGGCACCACAGCUGCUUCUCCUGUGCCCGCUGCUCCACCUCCCUGGUGGGCCAAGGCUUUGUGCCAGACGGAGACCAAGUGCUGUGCCAGGGCUGCAGCCAGGCAGGGCCCUGAACAGGGCUCCUGGGCCCAGGAUUUCCCAAACCAGGGCUCCAGGACUAUGGUUCCUUUUCUAAACCACCUCUGGAACACAGACUCUCC